GAGAGCUACACUGUGGUUUGGCAAUCAAAUGGACAAUAGAAGUGAUCACUUGACGCAUGGGUAAAAGAAGAGUCAGGACCGGCUGCCGGACAUGCCGGAUUCGCAAGGUCAAAUGUGAUGAGGCCUAUCCGGCGUGCCGUCGGUGUCUUUCCACUGGUCGUGCUUGCGAUGGAUAUGGCAUCUGGGGGGGCGGAAGCUCCAGCAGGACUACGAAGCCUUCGGCCGUCACAGUGAGCUCUGCGCUUGUUAUCGGAACAAUGUCAGAUUUCCCACUGGCCGCCAGGAUCAACAAUGAAGAGGGCCGCUAUAUUCAGUGGUUCAAAGAACGUACUGGGUCGAAAAUGUCAGGCUCAUUUUUCUCGGAAUUCUGGAGCGGCUUUGUCCUACAGGCCGGUAUGAGCGAGCCCGCAGUGCUGCACGCCAUCCUUGCUCUGAGUUGUGUCCACCGCCAAGGCAUCUUGAGCGAUAAUGGUCUCAAGACAGAGGACGAGGAAAAGUUGACUCUCACCCGCUAUAGUAAGGCGAUCAAUCACCUACAGCCUCAUUUCAAGGCAAAGGACCGGACUGCCUUUCGAAUAGCUCUCAUUGUCUGCGUUCUGUUCAUUGCGCUAGAGCUGCUCAGAGGCCAUUUUGCAUCGGCGCGAAUCCACCUUCAACAAGGCUUAAACCUCCUCCAAGGGUCAGGUCUGGUGAAACAAAAAGGCGACCUUCUUGUAGUGAAUAGUCAAGACUAUGUUGAUGACUGGAUUGUGCAAGCAUUAUCGAGGUUGCACGUUCAACUCGAGCUACUUAAGCAAGUCCACCGUGGUUCUUCCCUACGGCUCCAGGUUCCCAUCUUGGACUGCAAAUCAUCGACGUUCCCCUCCGUGAAAGAGGCGUGGUCUUGGCUUCACCACCUGAUGGGAAGAGUUUUCAAUUUGAAUGGAGAAGUGGUUGAACGAUUCUGUACAGAGAACAGUCCCCGAGCAGAGCUGGUCAAGCACCAGCGAUCCAUCGAUGAGAAUCUCACCCAGUGGCUGAACACAUACAACAACACAAUCCAAGGGGGUAUGCGGAAAGAUCAGGCGCAAGUCUACGGGCUGCUUCGCACAUAUCACAUUAUGAUAACUAUCAUGGCAGCGACCUGUCUUUAUCCUGGCGAUGAGAUGGUCUUCGACCUGCAUACCGACCACUUUCUGGAAAUGAUCACCAUGCUGGCGCAGCUAUGGAAAUUUCUCGCGAUGUAUUCCGACUUUGGCUCUCGACCCGCUCAGUUCUUCAUGUCGCGUUCCAUUGGAGAUCUGGGCUGGAUUGCCCCACUAUACUAUAUCGCUAUCAAAUGUCGCGUGCACCGGAUUCGACUCCAUGCUAUCCGGCUGCUGGAAGGCAGCUUCCACAGGGAAGGCUUCUGGGACUCAGAGAUUUUGGCAUUCGUGGCGCGAAAAGUCAUGGAGAUUGAGGAGGGCGACUUUUACCAGCUUCUAGAUGCGGUGGAUGACUUUGAGCUGCAUUGCCCUCCGGGACAUGAAGAUAUGCUGUUUCCGCCCCUACCUGAACACUGCAGACUAUCUGAUGCCGAAGUGAGUCUGUUGAGCGAUCCUGUCAGUACGAUUUCAAUUCUUUGUAACCCGAGUGGCCACGGAACAGAUCGCAAAAUCUGUGUUGCAAGUUAUGAGGUCGCAUUCGACCGAUGA